AUGGGAAGCGAAAAGAUAUUGCAAGUCUUUGAGAUUUGGGUUGCUUAUGGCGAGACGGGAGUUAUUCAAGAAGGCGUUCUCAUUGUUCCAUAUCCGUCCUCAACCUCAUCUAUACCCAUGCCUACAUGCACGUCAGAAUCCCCGUUAUCCUCCUCAAAUCAAUUUCCGAUCCCAUAUCUAUUCCACACGACACACAAUCCCUCGUCCUCCGUCUCAUCUGCAUCCGCAUCCGCAUCCGGGUCUUCACUACCUAGCCCCAUUGGUGGUAGAUCUAGUUGGCAAGGUAACAUUCUUGCCUCUUCCCUACCUCUCUACCUCCAAAUAUGUGCUUCGAUAACUUCACGACAUUGUAGUGCUGAAGAAAUAGAAUUAUUGAGAAAGCCAGCAGAGUGGUCGAAGAUGUUAUUUUUGGAUUUGGCUCGAGAGGGCAUUUGGGUGGAAAGCAUCCUCACGGAGAAUAGAGAUAGAGAGCUGGGUGGAGAGAGGGCGAGGAGGAGGGAGAGGCAGCAAGAAAGAGAUGCUAGAAGAAGAAGGAGAAGAAGUGAGAUAGAGCGCCCAGGAAUCUUGCCAGCGGAUGUAGACUCAGAAGACGAAGACAAGUUCUACGCCCUCGGAGAGCCAGAGAUGAUCGAGGAGAAAAUGAAAUCCCAAAUCCAAAGAUGA